AUGGUGCGCAACCUCUUCGACUUUAACAUCGCCAACAGCAGCACCAAGUUCCUCAGCGGCAGCGUCGCCACCGCCACCUCCGCCCUCGACGACUCCGCGUCGCUCUCGUCCACCGCCAGCUCCUCGGCCGACUCGUACGCCGCUCACGCCCCGUCGCAGCAGGGCGACGACAUGGAGGCGCUCCACAACAGCUCGGGCGGCUCGCACCGCAGCCGCGCCAACGACCACAGCGCGCGCGGCGACCGCAAGCCCAUGACCUUCACGACCACGAGCUCCAUCACGGGCACCAACACCACGACCAUCGUGGCCGGCGGCAUGCAGCACCAGCAGCUCGCGGGCCACGUGCACAACGCCAACGCGGCGGCCGAGUCCAAGGCCAGCAAGAAGUGCAGCGUUUGCGGCAAGAGCUUCAACCCGCUGCGCAGGCGCCACUACUGCCGCACGUGCACGGCCGUGGUCUGCAGCUCGUGCAGCAUCUCGCGCAAGGUCGAGAGCACCUUCGAGGGCGCCAUCACCGUGCGCAUGUGCGUCAGCUGCAAGCUCAGCUCCAUCGCGUCGCAGGACGACUUCUACGACCGCAUCUUCUCCACUAACGGCGGCGCCAACACGGGCGGCACCACGGACUCGCAGCCCAGCGGCAGCGAGGGGGACUUCGCCACAGACCGGCUCAGCUUCGCGUCCUACUCGUCCGGAACGGCCAAGGACGACAUGGCGGUGGGCGCCUCGAGCAUCGACAUGAACCCCGCAAUGGACAAGCGCACGGCCAGCGCGUCGAACCUCCCGGUGCGGCGCAAAUCCAGCACGACCAGUGGCAACGACGGCGCGUCAGGUGCUAGGGGACGGCAUGGCUCCUUCACGGGCCCGGCGGCGGUCGCGGAGGACUGCCCGUGGUGCAUGAACGAGGCCUGCGCCCCGCUGCACGAGUACUUCGAGGUGCCCUACCCGUUCUUCCUCGAGCUGGCCGACCCCGCGGCCAAGAACCAGUACAUUGCAGCCAAGCACCUGGACAACGAGAAGGAGCGUCUCCGAUCGGUGCGCGCGAUCCGCGGAGCCCUGAAGGCUGGCACGUCUGCUGCUCAGACUGUCCAGCAGCUCUGUAACAUGGCUGCCAUUGCCACGUCGAGCCCCAUGGCCCUUGUGGGUCUGCUGGACAAGCACGUGUACGUGCCCUGCGCUGAGGCGGGCCUCGGCUCGCUGGACAAGAUUGACCGACAGAAGAGUUUGGCGGCGCACGCGUGCCGCAAUGGAUCGCCGCUCGUGUGCAGCGACUUGACUCGGGACGUGCGUUUCGCGGCUAACCCGUGGCGGAGAGAUGUUCUGCAGGCUCAGUUCUACGCUGGUAUCCCGCUGACGCUGUCGAACGGCCACACGAUCGGAGCUAUCGAGGUGUUUGAUGUGACCCCGCGUUUCGCGUGCAUGGACGUCAUUUCUCAGCUGCAGACUGUUGUGCGCGGCCUGCUUCGCAAGUUCGAGGAAAUCCUGGCCAAGAACCCGGGAUCAGCGGAGGAUGAAGCAUCGCACAAGUCGUCGUCUUCGUCUGGACGGCGGACACCUAAGAGUGAGAACGGUGAGGGUAAGCAGCGCACUCCGCGCGCCCCGGCACCUAACGCUCCUGCUCCUCCUGCUAUCCCGCCGCCGAAGAAGUCGCCCAAGACGUCUCGAUCUCCCGGAGUGCCGAACCACAAGCCGUCGGGCCCCGCGCCUCAACCGCCCAAGCCUGCUGCGCCGAAGGAAGCUCCUAAGGCCCCGGAACCUGCCCCAGCAGAGGCCCCGGCCCCCGCACCAGCACCAGAGGCAGCAGCACCCGCGGCGGGCGCUGAGCCCACUCAGGAACAAAUGGAGAUGCGGCUCAUGCAGCUGCUCUCUCAGACUACUAGCACACAGGAACAACUGCGCAACCAACAGGGUCAGAUGGUAAGCGCUAUCAGCAGUCACUCGAAGCAGAUCAACGACCUGGCCAAGCAGCUUGAGCGCAUGGAAUCGACGCUCGCCGCCAAGCUCGGAAUGGAUCUGGAGGACGACGAGGACUCGCCUUCCAAGAAGGACGCUGACGCAGCAAGUGCGUAG